AAGUGAUGGACCGUAGUCGUGGUCCGGGCUUCGCAUGCGUCACCAAGAAAAAACGCAUCACGUGUUGAUAAGGUUAAUCAACGGCGAUAACGUAUUGUGUAUCAUUCAGUAAGCCGUCGCGAAUAGUCGCAGAAAGAGUUGACUGUUAAAAAUGUCCCAUCAAGCUAACAGGACUCAUGUCGUCGAAGUGGAUGACCUUGUGCCCAUCUUGACACCCACCGCCGAUAUUUCGCCACGUUUAAAGACUUUAGCCGCCCAUUUCGUCUCGAAAUACAAUGUGGAACCUUCCUUCUUCGCUCGAGUGCCAGGAAGAGUGAAUUUAAUAGGCGAGCACAUCGAUUAUUGCGGAUAUGCUGUCUGUCCAAUGGCCAUUGAACAAGAUAUCCUUGUUGCAGUGGCAUUGUCAAAACAUAACGAUAUUUACCUCACCAACGUUGAUCCUAAAUAUAAGGACUUUCAAUGCAGUUUCGAAAAUGUGAGAUCUUGUAUUAGCGAUAGCGAGAGCGGACCAGCGUGGUACAAAUAUUUUUUGUGCGGUGUAAAAGGAGCAUUAGAGGUAAUCCCGACAGAGUCCAUCCCUACGGGAAUUCUAGCUGCGGUAUGGGGCAAUAUUCCUCCUAAUUCUGGCCUCUCGAGUUCUAGUGCGCUCGUCUCGGCCGCACUCCUUUCAAUCCUACAUGCCAGUCAGCAUCAAUUGUCAAAGCAUGAAUUAGCAACUAUCAGUGCUCGAGCAGAGAGACAUAUCGGGACUCAAGGUGGAGGAAUGGAUCAGGCCAUCGCUUUUCUCGGAAAAGCUGGUUCUGCUAAGUUGAUUGAAUUUAAUCCCUUACGUGCCACCGACGUAACAUUACCGGAGAACGCAGUCUUUGUAAUAGCGCAUAGUCAAGCUUAUCACAACAAAGCCUCGACUACUGACUUCAAUCUCAGAGUUGCGGAAUGCCGAUUAGCUGCACAGAUAAUAGCUAAGAAGAGAAAUAAGGAUUGGGAGCAUAUUCAAAGAUUAAUCGACAUUCAAGAGAAGCUCGCUUUUGACUUGGACGAGAUGGUUACUGUAGUAAUGUCAGAUUUGCACGAGCAGCCGUAUACUCUUGAUGAGAUCUGCAAGAGCCUUGGUACAGACUAUGAACGAUUGCCGAAGACGUCUCUCAUCAGUUCCUUUAAUACCUCGCAAACGUUCAAGCUGCAGCAGCGAGCACUGCACGUUUUUCAAGAGGCUAGCAGAGUGCUCGCGUUUCGCCGUAUAAACGAGGAAAGCGGCAUAAUGGAACUCGAGAAGCUUCAACAUCUGGGCAGUCUAAUGUCAAAGAGCCACGCCAGUCUCCAUAAACUGUAUGAGUGCAGCCAUCCUAGCGUGGACUUACUCGUGGAAAGAGCUAUACGUCGCGGUGCAUAUGGCGCUAGACUCACGGGAGCUGGUUGGGGCGGUUGCAUCGUGGCAAUUAUUGAUAAAACCGAAGUUCAACAAUUCGUGGAUGCUCUCCGAACGGAUCUCUAUCAGAACAGUACAAAGGACCGGGCGGAGCUGAAGGAUAUGGUGUUUCCGACGGCACCGAAUCAGGGUGCUGUUAUUUACACUGUAUCAACACAGUUUUGAAUCGUAAAACCCGCGGUAUAAUAAAUAUAGCGGCUUUCCUUACCCCGUUAUUCCAUCCCUUUAUUGACAUUCCAUUAUUUUCUUCUCGCCUCACUUUACAUCACGUCCCUCUCUCUGACCUGGUUUUUUUUUUUCGUUUCUUAUCACAAAUUUUAAUUAAUGAAAGAAUACCAGCACCUGUAUCCAUUCAAUGUUCUUUGACUUGUUGGUUAUUUCAGUCACUGAAUGAAUAGUAUUUCUAAAAAUGCUUCUUGCCAUUCAAUUGCUGUACAUAUGAAUUCCUUAGUUUAUCAUAUAAUAGCCAUUAAAUCUUCAUAUGCAGUGUCUUAUAUAAUAGCGCACUGAAUCCUCGAAACAAAGACUGACACUAAUCCUCAGCUAUAUAAUUAUGCCAAAAAUUAACAUAUCAAUUUUCAUUUUUUUUUCUAGACUUAUCUAAAGAUGUAAUAAUAUGUGAAAAGAAUUAUAAAAGAAUGAUUCGCAAUUUUAAAACUAUAAGAAGUCUUACCAUCCAGUUAUAGAUACGCGAUAUUUGAUAAUUGAUAUAAAUGAUUACUCGCAUAUGACAUUUAUAUAUUAUAACAGUUUUUGCAAGAGAUAAUUAUGAAUAAAUAAAUUUGCACUGGAAUAUAUCACUCUUAGGUGAUGAAUAAGUAAUUCCAAGAGAAGGAUGAUAAUGAAGAAUAAACUUUAAGAUGAAAAUCUCUAAUAAAUUUCUAAUGAAAUAUAGCGAAAGUUUAGCUAACGAAUAACGAGAGAUAAGGUGAAAUAUAUUGUAACAAAAUUUCACUCACAAACUUCUACGUUAAAUUGCCACCAUUACGUGUUGCAUACUAAAGCGUAUAUAUAGUCUAAUAUAUUCAUGAAAAAUAUAUGAUCAUAAUUUAUAUCUGUUAUUUUAUUAUGUUCUAUAUAUCUAAUUAUAAUAUGUGCUACGAAUAUGAUAUGGAAAAAUAACGCGAAUAAAAUGCAGAUUUUUUUCUAAAUAACUUUACUGGCAAUUAUUAUUCA